AUGGAUCCUCAGCGCUUUUAUGGUAAAAAACGUCCUGCAUUUUCCAUCCCAGAGAGUAGUGAAGAUGAGAAGGCAUCGGAUGAUGAAACUUAUAGAAACCCAGGUCCUGAGAUUUUCAUUCCAGAGAGCAGUGACGAUGAAAUCGCUUCAGAUGAUGAUCGUGGAAAUGUAGGUGAAUUUGAAGAAAUUUAUUUAGAUGACGACGCUCUUGAUAAUGAUUGCGACGAAUAUAUUCCUUAUGAAACGGAAGAAGAAGAUAUCUCAAGCAAGCCUUCUACGUCAAAACAGCGCACAGGAAAUAAGAGAAAGAAGGUUAAAUGUGUAUGGUCUGAUGAAAGUAUGGCGUAUGACGAGUCACAUAUUGCGUUUUUAGGAUGCCAAGAUCUCCCAAAUGAAAUUAUGAAACUCGAAGCGCCCAUGGAUUUCUUUAAAUUUUUAUUUCCUUCUUCAGCGAUUAAUUUAAUUGUAAGGGAGAGCAACUUAUAUGCUGAUCAAAUCACCUCAUUCCGCCCGUGA